UAACGCAAGCGCACACACACACACACGAGUCAUAGAACUCUUUAGCUGGUGUUAAUCAUUUCAGGCCAACGUUAUGAGUGAGAAACACCAGAUUAGCAUGUCAGUGAUUCAUCACGUUGCCCAUGAACAGACCAGCAAUGCUCCAGCACCUAUCACUCCUGCUGAACUGUCCUCUUGUCAUCGUUGCCAUUUUCAUCUCGGGCAUCGGUGGGACAUUUCAAUACGGAUUUGGAAUAUCUGUAGUGACUGCCCCUUCCGCUUACAUCAAGCAGCUGAUUAACCAAACAUGCAUACAGAGGUACAACGUCUACUUACAAGAUUGGCAGGUCUCGCUCAUAUGGUCCUUUAUUGUUUCCAUUUUCUGCAUUGGCGGCUUGCUGGGCUCGUUCUUGGCACCUCCAUGCCUCUCGAUGGUUGGCAGGAGAAAAUGUCUUUUGUUAAACAAUUUUGUGGCUAUAAUUGGAGCGCUGUUGAUGCUCUUGAGCCAAAAAGCCAUGUCCUUUGAGUUGAUUAUGGUAGGACGACUUCUGCACGGUGUCAAUUCAGGAAUCAAUAUGUCUGUUCACACCUUGUACAUUAUUGAAUGCAGUCCGAAGAUGCUGAAAGCGAUGGUGGGCGUGACCGUUGCCACCUUCGUCGGCUUAGGGAAGUUCACUGGUCAGGUUUUGGGGCUCAGUGAGUUACUUGGCACAGAGGAUAGAUGGCCCUGGCUGCUCGGCUUCAUCGGCUUCACUGCGCUCUUUCAGCUGGUCACCCUCCCCUUCCUGCCGGAGUCGCCCAAAUAUCUACUGCUGAGCCAAGGAGACCGGCUAGCUUGCGAGAAAGCUUUGACAAGGCUUUGGGGUAACAAGGACCACAGCAUGGAGGUGGAGGAGAUGCUGGAAGAGAAAGCCGCUCUCCAGAACAUCCAAAGUCGCUCUGUGAUGGAGCUGUUUCAGGAAAGAAGUGUUCGCCCGCAGCUGGCAACUGUCUGCGUGACCUUCAUCGCGCUGCAACUUUGUGGCCUCAACGCAGUGAACUUCUAUUCAUACGAAGUGUUUCGUGCCGCAGGCAUUGCUGAAAACCAGCUCCGUUUUGCCACUUUGGGAAUGGGGUCAUGUGAAAUGAUGUUCUCGCUUGUGUCCUUCAUGAUCAUUGAGAAUACAGGAAACAAAGUGCUCCUCUACACAGGAUUUAUGAGCAUGUCUGUUAUACUCACCCUCCUCACCAUCACUCUCUAUCUGCAGCAUCAAAUCUCCUGGAUGGCAUAUUGCAGCAUGGCCCUCAUUUACUUGUUCCUCUCUGCAUUUUCCAUUGGGCCAGGCGGAGUAAUACCUCCGAUACCAGGGAGCAUUUUCACUCAGGCAUUCACACUGAGCGCCUACGGUGUCGCCUCCACCUUGAACUGGACGGGUAUGUUUAUAGUGGGGAUGGUCUUCCCAAUCAUAGUGGAGUAUCUCCAUGCCUUCUGCUUUCUCAUAUUCUUGUUUGUGUCCUUGACUACCGGACUGUACGUGUACUUCAGCGUGCCCGAGAUGAGGAAUAAAACCGCUCUGGAGAUCGCUGAUGACUUUGAACGGAUCCGCAGCAAAUCUGGAAGGUUGAAGGAGGGGAAAAGGCAUGAGCAACUACGUGAUGACUGUAAAAGUUGCGAGACCAAGUUUUAGCUGUAGUUGUGAAGUUUGUUUUGUUUUUUAAAGUAUUUUUUUUUUUAAAUUACAAAUGUUACAUAUCUACUCAUGUACUAAAGCAGAUGAUGUUUAAUUAAUCAGGAUGCAACUUUUUUUCAAGUAAGGAUUUAGCAUCAUUUACGUGUUGAAUGUUUUUAUAUAAUUUUACGAAUAUUUUUAAAUCUUAUUUGAAGUGCACUUGGUUUUUAUUUUUUCAAUGUUUUAUUGUCUAUGAUUUAACAUGAUUGCUUUUUUUUUUCUCUUUUAGAACAACUUUCAACCAAUUGAUGAAAUAACUUUUUAAUUUAAAAUUUUCAUCGUGAGAACACGAGGUUACAUAUGUUUACUUGUCCUGU